AUGAGGGAGCUCUCCGCCCUGAAUCAACUACACCAAUGGCUCGUGGAUCCUCUCAAUCCCAAUCCUCCACCUCCGCAUCCGCCACCGCCACCUCCCGUCCUGGACCCAUCGGCUUGGCCACACGCGGCUCAGCUGCCGCUACCGCCGGCAUGCGCCGAAGGCGCCUUGGCUCUUCUUCCUCCGGCGGGUCCGGCGGGGUCAGCGGAGGCACCUCCGGUGGCAACAUGCUUCGAUUCUACACCGACGACGCCCCUGGCCUCAAGAUCACCCCCACCGUCGUCCUCGUCAUGA